AACUUCUUCCAUACUGUUGCUGCUUGUUCCAUGUGGUCAUUUGUUAUCAAAUGGGCUUCCACGAUAUUCCAGUAUUCCAGGAAUUGAUAAUUCUUGGCAAAUCAACCAGCUCUUCCUGCUGGCGAGUUGGAAACGCUGUCCCCUGUUAAGAGUACUUUUAUGUAAAACAUUUCCUGUGUGAGAGGCCCACAGGAGGAACAGGAAGUGAGAGAAACUGCUCGGGGCAUUGUCCAAGAUUUAACAGUUGGUACAAAGCGGGGAGCUGACGAGCUUUUCCCUACUUGUGUUACUAACGGACCCUUUAUCAUGAACGACAACAAUUCUUCUGCAGCUAAUGGAAACGACAUCAAAAAAUUCAAAGGUGAUAGAAGUGCUGGAGUCCCAUCCCGAGUAAUCCAUGUCCGUAAGCUCCCCAGUGAUGUCACGGAGGCAGAGGUCAUCUCCUUGGGCUUACCUUUUGGCAAGGUCACCAAUCUUCUCAUGUUGAAAGGCAAAAAUCAGGCUUUCAUAGAAAUGAACACGGAGGAGGCAGCCAACACCAUGGUGAACUACUACACCACUGUCACUCCAGUCCUCCGGAGCCAGCCCGUCUACAUUCAGUUCUCUAACCACAAGGAGCUGAAGACAGACAACUCUUCAAACCAAGCUCGUGCUCAGGCAGCUCUGCAAGCCGUGAACUUGGCGCCGCCGGGGAGCCUGGCCCUGCCGGCCGCUGCCGCAGCCGUGGAUGCAGGAAUGGCCAUGGCUGGCCAGAGCCCUGUCCUGAGGAUCAUUGUGGAGAAUCUCUUCUAUCCUGUCGCUCUGGAUGUUCUGCAUCAGAUUUUCUCCAAGUUUGGUACAGUCUUGAAAAUCAUCACAUUCACAAAGAACCACCAGUUCCAGGCCCUGCUGCAAUAUGCUGACCCAGUGAGCGCUCAGCAUGCCAAACUGUCUUUAGAUGGACAGAACAUCUACAAUGCCUGUUGCACGCUGCGCAUAGAUUUCUCAAAGCUCACAAGUCUCAAUGUGAAAUACAAUAAUGAUAAGAGCAGAGAUUACACACGACCGGACCUACCUUCUGGGGACAGCCAGCCCCCUCUUGAUCAGACCAUGGCAGCUGCUUUUGGUGCCCCAGGAAUAAUCUCUCCUUCUCCAUAUGCAGGAACUGGCUUUCCUCCUGCCUUUGCAAUUCCUCAGGCUGCAGGUACUGUAUUUCGCCUGACAGUUCCAAGUGUUCAUGGAGCACUAGCUCCUUUGGCUAUCCCAGCAGCUGCAGCGGCUGCAGCAGGACGGAUUGCCAUUCCCGGCCUCACUGGGGCAGGGAACUGUGUGCUGCUGGUUAGCAGUCUGAAUCCUGAGAGAGUUACACCCCAAUGCCUCUUUAUUCUUUUCGGAGUCUAUGGUGAUGUGCAGAGGGUGAAGAUUUUAUUUAAGAAGAAAGAGAAUGCCCUCGUUCAGAUGACUGAUGGAAACCAGGCCCAGCUUGCCAUGAGCCAUUUAAAUGGGCAGAAGCUCCACGGGAAGCCCAUCCGUAUCACCCUGUCCAAGCACCAGACAGUCCAGCUCCCCCGUGAGGGGCAGGAAACCCACGGCCUGACAAAGGACUAUGGGAAUUCUCCUCUACAUCGUUUCAAGAAACCAGGCUCCAAAAAUUUCCAGAACAUCUUUCCUCCUUCUGCCACUCUUCAUCUGUCCAACAUUCCACCUUCAGUAACUGAAGAAGACCUUAAGAUGUUGUUUUCAAGCAACAGUGGGGUGGUCAAAGGAUUCAAAUUCUUCCAGAAGGACCGUAAGAUGGCUCUGAUCCAGAUGGGCUCUGUGGAAGAGGCCAUCCAGUCCCUCAUUGACCUCCAUAACCAUGACCUGGGUGAGAACCAUCACCUGCGUGUGUCCUUCUCGAAGUCCACCAUCUAAAGCUUUGGAAGGCGUGAGACAAAAUGGACUUGACUUAAAACCUCUUGGGUUCAGCCUUAGGCCUUCUUCAAAGGCUGAACACGAGGGUUUCAACUUCCAUCAUUCCAUGAAAAAAAAAAAAAAAAGCCACUUUAAAAAUGCAGCUGAAGUGACCUUAAAAGACCAGAGAUUUUUAUUUUUUUAGAGAGAAAUCGGUUUACCGGUUUUAAAAACAAAACCCAGUGAAAUCUUAAUUCCUCUUGCGGUGAUGGGUAACAAUCCUGACUGUUCCAAUAAAAAUCACAAGUUCAAGUUUA